CGAAGCAAUAUGUAACCGACCGUUCCCCACAAGGCCGUAAUUCGCAGCACUAGCCACCGCAAGCCUCGUCGUAUGAAAUGGCGACCAAGCUAUACCAUAAUGCGCAAAACCAGGAGUGUAUAAUGUCAACGGGGCAAGUCUGUUCAUAGUCGUUGAGAACAAGUCAAAUCGGUGGUAGUCAUAGUCUGAAUCAAACCGGUGAAAGUCGAGAAAGUCAGGUCGACUUUGGGCGGUCCGCGCUUUCACAUGCAUCAUGGUACGCCUCUCUGUUCCUACCAUUCCUCAGGCUAUUCUUUCCUCUGCGACAUCGUCGAAAACCAUAAGUCCUGCUGCUGCUGUUGAACGCAUUGCUGAGUUCUUGGCUCCUGGAAAUGUCGCGGUUAUCACUGGGGCUGGAGUCAGUGUCGAUUCAGGCAUACGAGCGUACAGAGGCGAGAAGGGAAUAUACCUGAAUCCGAAUUACAAACCAAUAUUUUAUCAUGAGCUUAUGGACGAGUCUCCGAAAGGAUUUGGAUUCCGACAGAGAUAUUGGUUGCGAGGGUAUCUUGGUUACAAACCCGUCCUUGAUGCCUUACCAAACCCCACUCACUAUGCACUUGCUGCAUUGCAGUACAAGUCAUUUGUUCCGAGGUUGAUCACGCAAAACGUCGAUGGACUACAUCAUAAAGCGUUGGCAGGUAUUUGGGACAAACACACAAUGCAACAUCACGUACUGGAGCUGCACGGGUCUCUACAUAAAGUGCAUUGCAAAUACGGACAUGUAACCGACCGGAAUACGUUUCAGCACUGGCUGUCCACUGCAAACCCACAAUGGAAGGAGUACGCUGACGAGCUGGAAGCCACCGGACAGAAGCCAAGGACGAAUCCAGAUGGAGACGUUCAAUUGGAAGGCGUGUCGUAUGACGACUUUGUGGUCCCAGUAUGCCCAACUUGCUUACUAGAAGGCCGUCAGAACUCAGUACACAAGCCAGAACUCAUCUUCUUCGGCGAAUCGAUACAACCCGAUGUUAAAGAUCGCUCAUUCCGUGAUAUAGAGUCUUCUUCACGCCUCUUCCUCAUCGGCACGACACUAGCCACGUUCUCUGCCUUCCGUCUCCUAAAGCACGCACUCGAGCUCCAAAUACCCGUGCUUCAUCUGAAUGUCGGACCUACACGCGCAGAUGGGCUACCAGGUAUCGAGAAGAUCGAGUUGGAGAGCGGGAAAGUGUUGAAAGAUGUCGUUAGGGCUGUCCUGGGAUCUAAAGCUGACGAGGACCCUGUCGUUAGAAAGAUGUUGGUUAGCGGGGUUGUUCGCCCGCCUCGUGACGACGAAUGAUUCAUGAUGUCUCUGUUGCAUUUCUCAUCAUUAACUCUUGCUUGCUUCAUGCUGUCACUAGAAGAAACUGGGAAUGAAGCUUUGACAUGAGGUCAUAUAAUUUCAAGAAAGCCUGGUCAUAAAGUACGGCUAUGGAUCAUACAUGUAUCCAAGAAGAGUAAGCUGGACGACAUUAUGUCGGCCACACAACGUGAUAGAAGAGCGGGUAGAGUAAGUUAAAGAUGAUGAGUGUGGAUAGGGUAAAGCGAUUAGACUAUAAACAUGUCCAUCUACAGAUUAUUCUACAAAGUACACUUCCGGUUGUUUUGGAUGAUUAGCAAGAAGAGUAGGGGAUGAG